AUGGCGGGCACGAGCAGUAGUAUACAGGCGCUAUCAAAGGAAAACUACGACACUUGGAAGAUACAGAUGGAAGCAUUACUGAUCCAAAAGAAGCUAUGGCGAUUUGCUGAUGGAACAUCUAUAAAACCCGCAGAAGCCAGCGGAAACGAAGAAGCCAUUGCGAAGAAAAGGGAUGUGAGAUGGCAACGUGCAAGUGCAAACACCACGGAGGAUUUCUACAUCGCGGCACAGAACGAAGAAGAGGCGAACCAGAUUCAAGAUGAACCAAAAUUGAAAUGGUGUCUUGACAGUGGGUGCACCACACACAUGUGCGGAGACGAAAGAAUUCUCGAAAAUAAAGUCACGUGUAAUUCAGUAUUGAAAUUGGCAACUGAUGCGGCAACGACUGCCAAGGUGAAAGGCGUGGCUAAAGUAGCGGUAAGCGGAGGCCGAAUACAAUUGGCCAAACUACAUGACACAUUGUAUGUUCCAAAUUUGAGAACUAAUCUCAUGUCGGUAUCAAAAAUUACCGAAAAGGGAAAAACAAUGAUUUUUGAUAGUAAACAGGCGAUAGUAAAAGAUGCCGACGGCAACACAGUAAUGACGGCCGAUUGA